GGGCGGGGCGGGAUGCUGCCGGCAGAAACAUGACAGGAGGCGGGAAGCGGCGACCCCGCGCCGGGGAGCAGUGUGAAAAAACUAAAGAAGUCAAGAAGAGACGGUCCAACCAGGCAGAUGUUCCUGAUCAGCUGCGUCAAGAAGUAGAAAGUUGCUAUCGGCUCAGGAUGCCUGAAGACUUUUAUCAGUUCUGGAAGUUCUGUGAGGAGCUGAAGCCUGACAAGCCAAGUGAAGCACUCCUAUCAAGUAUUGGACUUCAGCUAGUUGGACCAUAUGAUAUUCUUGCUGGAAAACACAAAAAAACAAAAUCAGCAGAUCUGAACUUCAACCUUCACUGGAGGUUUUUUUAUGAUCCUCCUGAAUUUCAGACUAUAAUUGCUGGGGAUAGCAAAACUCAGUAUCACAUGGGAUAUUUCAGGGAUGUGCCAGAUGAACUUCCAACGUGGGUUGGUGCAAACGAAGCAAAGAAAAGCUGUGUAAUUUCUCAGAUUGGUGACAAUGUAUUUGCUGCAGUCAAAUUGUUUUUGUCAAAAAAGCUUAAGGAAUUGACAGAUAAAAAGAAAAGUGGUAUUUUGAAAGACAUAGAUGAAAACCUCACAAGAACAGCAAAAGAAUUGGGUUAUUCGCUGGAACAGAAAACCAUGAAGAUGAAACAAAGAGAUAAGAAAGUAGUGACUAAGACAUUUCAUGGAGCAGGUCUGGUUGUGCCUGUAGAUAAAAAUGAUGUUGGGUACAGAGAGCUCCCUGAAACAAAUGCUAAUCUUAAAAGAAUUUGUAAGGCCAUUGUGGAUGCUCCUAGCGAUGACCAGAGACUGAAAGCCUUUGCACCCAUUCAGGAAAUGAUCACUUUUGUUCAGUUUGCUAAUGAUGAAUGUGAUUACGGAAUGGGGUAUGAACUGGGAAUGGACCUCUUUUGCUAUGGGUCACAUUAUUUUCACAAGGUUGUUGGUCAGCUGUUACCGCUUGCAUACAACCUGUUGAGAAGGAACCUCUUUGCUGAGAUUGUUGAAUCACAUUUAGCUAACAGAAGUGAAGAGAAUGUGGACCAACUAGCAGCAUGAUCCAAAGAGAAGAGGGCUUAAGUAUAAUGUUUCAAGUAUUAGUGAUGUUAAAAUUGUUUUUGGCAUUAAACUGAUGUAGGGGGUUUUCCAAUAGUAAUAUAAAGUAAUGUUUGUGUGGUAAAUAAAAUGUUUUUUAAAAUAAA